GAGAGAGAAGAAUCACCUGGGGUUGACUGAUCGAUGCGUCGCGUGGACUAGGUCAAGUGACUAAUUAAGGCAAGAGCAAAUUAAAGUCAUCGUAAAUGUAGAAAAGUUCCCGGAUAAUUUUCGAUCCUAAUCUUGUCGUCUAAUCGUCCAACAAAAUAUCGAUCCUCUCGAAAAAAGAUCUGUUGAAUAAAAUUGUAAAAAAGAAAGAAAAAAAUCGAUCGGGGAUAGCAAAUUCGACAUAUAUUAACAAAAACGGUGUCAACGAAGGCGCGGAAAGGUCGCGCUUGUUUGCUGAGAGGGAGGAGUGUGCGAGGGGGGGGGGGUUACAGCAGGUGCAGCGAGAACGCAGCUUCUGUCAUCGAUCUCGCCGCGGCUGCAGCGAGCAUGGCGCGGCUCGCCGCACAUGCCGGACCGCGUCUACAUGCAGAUACAUGGGGCGAUCUACGAUGACCGGAUUAUGACGAUACGCGCGAUCGCCGAUCGUGAUGCACAUUGAUUUGCCAGUGAAUUUUUCCGACGACGAUGAUGUCAACGACGAGGACGACGACAACGAUGACGAUGACGAAGAGGAGGUCGACGUCGGCUGAACCGCAAAUGGAUUUUUCCGACGAAAUGCGGGAGGCUGAUCAAACGCCUCCCGACGCAUUCUCCAACAAACAUUGCAUUUUCCUCUCGGUAUAAACGUCGGACGACAGAGAGGUACAAAAGGGGUGCGAAAGGUUCGCGAGCGUUUUCACGCUCGCAUUCUCGCGACUCCGAGGCGAAGGGGAGAGCGAGAACGCCGGUGCACUGCGCGGUCGCGGUGCGUCGUCUGCGGGCGCGGGGGCGGUGUUUACAUUCGCGGCAAAAGCCGCGCAAUGUGGACCCGCGAAAUUGAGAUAUCGAUCGGGCUCCCUCGCGAAGAUCACGCGUCUCCUCUAUUUCUUUCGCGCGCGCUCGGUGUUACGAAGACGUGGGAAAACCUGUAAAAGCGCUAAACAAUUUGUCACGAAAGUGAUGAAAAUUCACGCAUGCCGCCAGUGCCCAAGAUUACAGUUUGCUACGAUGCGCUUUUGAAAUUGCGAGAGCGCGUUUCAGCGGGUUUUUAAAUAUGCAAACUAGAUGGAAGAAAUUCACAUAUGUGUUAAUAUAUUGUGAUCGAUUGAGUGAUUAGCUCGGUAUUAAGAAUUUGACAAUUCGCGCGUUAGCAUGAGGAACAUUAGUAGCAAUUUUCUAAAACGUCGAGGGAAGACGAGCGAUUUGAGAGACGGAGCGCAUAACUCGCGCUUAUUGAUUGACGAAUCAAAAAAGUUUAGUCUACGUUGCGUAACCGAGGUAAAUCUUUGCGUCUCGCGCAAUGCGUACGCUCAACAGAAGAGACGUAAUCUAAGCGUAUCGUAAGUAGAGGAGAGAUCUAGAUCGAUACGUGACGCACACGAACGCAGCUUCGCGCAAAAUCGCAGAGAUGGACUGCUGCAAUUACAUCGAGGCUUAUGCGGCAGGUGGUCAUUUUUAUCAGCAGCAACAGCAGUACUUUUGUUACGACAAUGGUAGCGCGGCGUACACCGGUUACGACGCCGCGCCGAUCUCUAAUGCGAUUGACAUUAAUGCUCGAUACAAUGGGGCGAUACCACCAACGUAUCCGACAGAUUACGUGUACAAUCCGAAAGAGGCAAGACUAAGGAAAGCAAUGCGCGAGCAAACUCGCGAGCUGUCACGGCGAUCAAUCCUGCAAAGUGCGAUUGCGUCUGCAAACGCGCGCACAGCUGCGAUUGGCGGCGCCAAUUCCGUUGUUUCGAUGGCCGGUGGCUUCCUGAACCAGCAUCACCGCUUCGAUUGCACGUCGAUGCCUAUGGGUCCGAACGUGAGUUCCCAUCAGGCGACCGAGUCUUGGUUCCAGGCUACGCAUCGCCUGAAACCUGCACACUCGCCGCGAAUCGGCGACUGGUAUGGAAAUGUGUGCGGCGAUCCGAUCGAGAAGUUGCAAGCGAUGGGUACGAUGCAUCAACAGCAGCAACAGCAGCAGCAGCAGCAGCAACAACAACAACAACAACAACAACAACGUGACCUCAAUAAACUCAAGGACCAAAGAAAGACAGCGGAAUGCACCGCGGCAGCAUUCCCCGCGAAUGGCUACUCGCCGGAUAUAGCGGCCGCGGAAAGGGAAAUUCGCCGACAGGAAUCCGCAGCGGAAUACGCCGAUUUUGUCGACGGCCAAAAAUGGCAUCCUUAUCAAAGCAACGCGAGUGCUCAUCCACUUCAGAGAAUGCCUCAUCUGUCACCGCAAAUGGGUAGUAUUCUUCAUCCAAAUGUUCAGAAUACGAAUGCACAUGGACACGGUGCAUGGAGUCAAUUUUGUCAUAGUAUGCUACCACAUAUCCCAAGUGUGGCUCGCAACGCGACAAUUCGGGGCCCGCGACAUGCAGUUUUUUUACGGGAUCGCACGCCAACUAGACAUUGCGCAUUCUCCGAGAACGCGUCGCAAAUGAGUUAUGAGCCGAAUAAAUUGAACAUUGAUAGCAUUCGUGCAUCUUAUCCGCCAUCGGAGCAUCAGAUGCCAAGGUUAUUGGGAUCAGCAGUGGAUUCCGUCAUAGAUUCAACGACGGCGAUAAAUCGACGCAAGGAAGAUGGAACCAGGUGGGAGCCAAACAAUACUGGAAUGUCUCUGGACGAACUUGUGCCAACCUCCACGCUGCAGGAAGGCACGGUUUCUUGCGAGAAGGAACGCGAUUUCCGGCAUUCGAACGAGCGAUUCGAGCCAAAGAAGAAAUCCGUCUCAAAGCCGCUCCCAGGUUUUCAUCAGGCGUUUGGCUCCACGGAAAUCGGCAGGUUUUCCAGGUCGGAGUUCUUCGUAAACAUGGUGGGUGAAAACGGCAAUGGCGGCGGCGGCGGCGGCGGCGGCGGCGGCGGCGGCGGCGUUACGACCGACGACGGCGAAGGCGGCGAUGGCGGCGAUGAUGGCGAAGUAAGUAGGGAACAUCCCCUCGCGGAAACGAUGGAGAACGCCGCCACGGCGGCGGCUGCGGCCGCGGCCGCCGCGACGGCCGCGACCGCAGCUACAGCGGCGACCGCUGCCGCAGCAGCGGCCGCGGCAGCGGCUGUCGCGGUCACCACGACCGGUGCCAGCAGGAUUUUCGACUCCGAGGAUAAUCCGACGAUAUUCGGCGUCCCGUCAUCGAUCGGCAGCGCGUACUGCGGACAACCGGCGGCACCGCGCUGGCACAGUCCGCAUGUAGGUGCUAUAGGUAGCGAAAUUUAAACGAGAUCGGUCGCGGUAUCGUGUACCGUCUUUACGACAUUUGUCGAUACUUUUUUCUAUCGAGAAAUAUCAAAAGACAACGCGGGGAACAAAAAAUUCAUAGAAUUUUAUAUUUUUAGAAUAAUUGGAGGAUGAAGAGUCACAUCAAAUUUAUUAACUUUAAACGACUCAUAAACGGUCAUUUUUUUGAGUAAUUGAGGUACUAACAAUUAUCGUUGAUACGGUACAGAAUACCGCUGCUGGUAUACAUUUCAAUAGGACAUUGUCCUUGUCUCUUUUAGGCUAAAGCGAUUCCCGUAGCUUUUCGGCGCGUGGCAGUGUGACAAAAUUGAAUGGCGGUAUAUCGUUCUUCAAGUUACGAGUGUAAUGUUUGUAGUUUUGAUGUGUAGCGGAAUUUGAUAAUGAAUUUGGAAAGAACUGUCCAUAUUUUGAUUGCUGGUAAACUUAGGAGACUUAUUCAGAAAUUGGAGCCAUUGUAAUUUUGACGUAUCUGAAUUUAACCGCCGAAAUAAUUUCUAUGUUUAUUCGUGACAAUAGCAUUUGUUGCGACAUAAGACACCAAUCUUUGAUACUUUUAACGUUAGAAAUGGAAACUCAAAAUCACGUCGGUUUUCAAUCUCUGGAUGUGAUCUCCAUGACGAAACCUUUGUCGAAAACCUAUGGCGCUGCUUGGAAAGGAAAAAACGGGCAUGACACGCGUGUCAUGCGUAACGAAUGCAAGUGCAUCGAUUACGGCGAAAGCUGUCGGGGAUCGAUAUUGGCGUACGAAAUGUCCCGACAAACUGCGAACGUUCGUCGAGAUUGUGCCUUCCGGGGGAUUGGGGACGCGUUGGAGAGUUCUCGUCGAGUUCUCUUUCGCCUUAGCGAAAAUCAAAGCAGCACGAUAUACCGCGUCUCGUAUGCCAAAAGGAAGAUAUAAUCAAAAGAAAUCACGCCGAGACGAUCUGUAUUCGAUCGGCACCUUCCAUCACUGUUAUUAGAUGCGUUAUACACGUCGACGAGCGAUUAUAUAAUACAUAUAAAUAUAUAUAUAUGUGUAUAUAUAUAU